AUGGAAAUCGAUCUGAAAAGCAGUCCGAGGGCGAAGAACACGGCUACAGCGAAGGACAUUUGCGCCUGCUCCGUGAUUCAUUUCAAGAAUCGACCUAUCGAUAUAGCAUCUUUCAGAGAGGCAGAUACAAAAGUCGUGCAAGAGCAUGAGGCCUUGAUCCAAGAAAUCGUGGAAAAAACUUUGAGGCCGACAGUGAAUGUCCUGAGGGAUGGCAUUAUGCAGGCCUUUGAGAUAAGCAAAGACGAUGCACAGGAAAUUGCCAAGAAGAUCUGCUCCUGCUUCGUUCUUGCUCGAGGCAAGAUGCAGAGCACCUCCACUGGCAAGAAAUUGGAGCCAGCGCUCUGGAGGCUUGUGCAGAGGCUUAAGAGUUUGUCCGACACUUGCAGUUCUUCGCCGAAAGCACCUAGUUCGAAGGCCAGUUCUAUUGUUCCAUCGACAUUUCGGGCUUCCAGCUUGAAGAAGAGGUUGUUGUUCUCUCCUGAGAGGAGAGUGAGACGCAAGACGGCUGCACGUCCCGAGUCCGCCAAAGAGAUUUUGUCGGUUUAUGGACUUAAUCGGACAGAUGCAGAGGAGGAGGUUAAAGAUGCAGACGUCGAGCUUGCAGACGAAGCUGGCGAUGUUGAUGACUUUGGUGUUAUUCAUGACAGCCAAAGCGAAAUUGAAAUCUGCUCGUCGGAAAAUGAGGAGCCGGCCGCAGCGAAGACCAAAGGACGAGCAAAGAAGGCUUAUUUUGACCCUGCGGCUGGAUGCUACAUCAGACUCAAUCCAGAUGGCCAAGAAGUGAGAGGAGAACUUUCAGAGGGACCUGAGGGGUUCUGCAUGGUUCGCUUUCCAUCUGAAAUGCCAUUCCAAUCGGAGGUGCCGAAUUUAUGGCUUGCUGAGAAGGAGCAGGAAGCACCGGAUUCCGAAGCAGCUCCUGCUGAGGAGUCUCCUGAUGCAGCAAGCGAUUCUGGUCCUGACAAAAAGCUCGAGGCGGCGAGGCCUGAAAAUUCUGCAGCUAGUGAUGCACUCCUGUUCCAAGGCUAUGAUAUCACAGGAAUGCCAGAGGAGGCUCAGCCACCGGCCGAUGCUUCGGGCAAGCACUCUUACACUGUUCGACUGCCGGACGGGAUCGCCAUUGACGUCCUUGUGAGGAACAAGGCUUUCUGGAUCAAGAAGCCAACAGAAUGCCGAUCCCAGUACUCCUGGUCGCAGUACGACAAUUUAGCAGAUGCUUGGAGUCUGGCGGCAGCAGCUGCGAUCCCGGUCGAUCUUCAAAUUCAGAUCGAGGUGCGACGGAAGCGGGUGUGCAUCAACAUCUUAUGCCAGUGGUAUUACAUGCGUCAGGAGCCCAAUACCAAUCUUUGGGCACGUGGCCCCAUUCAGAGUUCAGAUCCCCAGACUGCAUCCUCGGGGUCCCUGGGCUCUUCGAGCAAACGAUCCUGGAGCUGGACCUCGUGGAAAAACAGCGGCUACGCUGACGGCGUAUAUCAGAACAAGCUUGAGCAACAACUCCAAGACGUCCUCGACGAGGAGGAAUCGGACCCGGAGGUUCAGGUUGUGGCUGCUCGGGAAGGCGACGGGCCACGGAUCGAGGAGGUCGUGUCCAGCGACGAAGAGGCGAAUGCCUUCAUCUUCGGUUUGGAGAAGAGAAACCAAGUGAGCUCUUUUUCCGAGUAUGAGGACGCCCGCCAUGCAUGGGAAAGCGCUUCCCAGGAGCACAAGGCGGGGCAUGCUCUGAGGUCAGCCAUAAAGAUGGAGAAGGAGCAUAGCUAUGGCUCGGAGAAGGCUGCGUCGGCAGCCCAAGUGGCCCUUGAGGAGGGCCAAAAGUGGCAGAGGCUUCAGGCAAAGGGUGCCGCCUCCGAAAAAUAUCAGGCUGCAGUGCAAAAACGGCGCUUUGUGUCUGUGAAAGCGGAGCCGCCGGUGCAGGAUGACCCCUACAUGCAAGCUCCUGGGGAGGAGCCGGCGAUGGAAAGCACCGGGGCCACGGAGCAAGGUGACACUGCUGAACAAAGCACGGCUGCGAAUGAGCAAAGUACCCGUGAGGAUACUUGGGGCUAUGGCGAUUAUUCAAGCAGCUAUGGCCGUGGUUGGAAGAGCGGCGGUCGCAAGCAGCAGUCGAGCUCCAGCUGGGAGAGGCCCGGCCCGCAGAGUGGCAGAAGCCAGGAUGCCAUGCAGAAGUACAAUGAAUGGGAAGAGUUUAUGGAUAAAAAAUCCCAGGCUUAUUGGGGCUCGGAUCGAUGGCAGCGGGACUAUGCCUCUCAGGAGCAACAGCAGUCUUUCAAGAAGAGCAAAGGCAAGAAAAGAAAAUUGUGGCUCGCCAGCCAGAUUGAGACUCUGAAGCAGGAGGGCAGAUGGGUCGGAGCAGCUCCGUCGGAAUCCUCCAAGAAGCUUCGUUUGAUCCGUGAGGCCGAGGCGAAGCAGAUUGCAGGCCAAGGAGCCCGUCAGGAGGGCGGUGGUGCAGCUGAGGAGCCAGCUGCAGUGGAUGCGGGCGCCGAGACCAUUGAACACGUGAUUGGUCUUGAUGAAGCCUACAAGCGCCUGAAGAAUAACCAAGCGGAAACACAGGCAGAGCAGGCAGUGUCUGCUGUAGCAUAUGUGUCUGCGGCCGGAUUGAUCUUCCCGCAACGAGACGAUAAAAACAAGGAGUCGGCAGCUGGUGUGCAUCACGUUUGCAGUUUGUUGCUCCUUGGUCUUCGCAGCAUGGAGGAUCAGAACCCAGGUGCGGAUCCGCAGAGCGACCAUUCUCCACCGCAUUGGCAUCGGCAGCUGUACCCAGGCGGCAAAGGUCCGCAGAACAGCAAGAUGGCCAAGGCCGUGGCUGCAAAGAGCAAGGCCGCCAAGGCUAAGGUUAAGCACGAAAAGGUGACCCCCGAGAGGAAAGCCAAGGCUGCCAAGGUGGAGCUCGGUGAUGCGGCCGAGGAAGACGAUGAUUCAACGGCACCGAGCGGCUUGGGGUAUGCUCGGGGCACAAUUUCAGCUGCUUUGACCGGGCUUCGCUAUCAGCUCAAAGCUAAAAAAACUACGGACGAAGAGAAACAAAACGCCCAAAAAGUACUCGAGGAGUACGAGGCGGGGGACAUUGCCACCAAGAGAGAGAUAUUGAGCAAGGUCUCACAGUUCGGCGUCCGUCAGGGGACGGCAAUUUUCAAGCUGGAGGGCAUCGAUGAAAGCGGCUUGGAGGAAGAUAUGAAGAAGGAUCUGCUGGAAGAGCUGAUGUCCGAAGCCGAAAAGCGGUACGGCUAUGAGAGAUCGACGAAAAUUCACCCCAAGUUCGAGGUGCUCAGCAAGUACUUCUACAUGCACUCGAAAGGCCAGGUGGCCCGCCAGGCCACUAAGACGGAGGAGUCCCUGGGAAGCCAUUGUUCCGGCAUGAAGAACUUGCAGUUGAAGGACAAGAGGUCCCUCGACAUCAUGUUGGGCAGGAGUGCGGCAAGCUCCAGUUCCAAGGAUCCGGCUUUGCAGCCGAGCCAGAGCCAUACCCUGGCAAAAGAUCUUUUGAAGAAGAUCGUGGCCGAGAAGAGAAAGCUGACCCAAAACAACGAGGAGCUGAAGUCUUUGAAGACCAAGAUUUCCACGAAGUACAGCGGGGACAAAACAUGGGAUAAUCGCAAGGACGACGUCGAUCAGGCGAUCGCAGCUCUCGAGGACUUCUUGGGUGUUCUUCGCCAGCACGAGGCCGAGAGUGUGCCGGCGGAUGUUACUUCCGAUUGCACCGAGCUUGUGGCCACCUUUCACACUGUCGUCGACCAGGCUGCCAACCACGACAAAGGCAGCAAGGCCUUGCUCAAGAAAGUCAAUGGCCUGAUGGAGUGA